CUUCUCAUUUACAUUAUUAGUAAUUUACCCAACAUAUAUCUCCAUCAUUACCUUUUCCUUGUCAAAGAUCAUCAAAAACCCUCUCCAUCUCUCUUCCUUUCGAGUGCAACUAUGGGGAGCGAAAGUGAACCAGCAAAACUUCUACUACCUUACCUUCAAAGAGCUGACGAAUUGCAGAAACAUGAGCCUUUAGUUGCUUAUUAUUGUCGACUGUAUGCGAUGGAACGAGGACUCAAAAUUCCGUCGAAUCAACGGACGAAAACUACUAAUUCUCUCCUUAUCUCGCUCAUGAAUCAGCUUGAAAAGGACAAGAAGUCCAUAAAAUUGGGACCUGAAGAUAGCAUGUAUGUGGAGGGAUUUGCCUCCAACGUUUUCGCGAAAGCUGAUAAGAUAGACAGGGCUGGACGUGCAGACCUGAAUACUGCAAAAACCUUUUACGCAGCAAGUAUCUUCUUUGAGAUAUUAAACCAGUUUGGCGAAAUCCAGCCUGAACUUGAGCAAAGGCAGAAGUAUGCUGCAUGGAAAGCAGCAGAUAUAAGAAAAGCUUUGAAAGAAGGGCGUAAACCUGAACCAGGCCCCCCUGGUGGUGAUAACGAUGAACUAGAUGCUUCAGAUGAAAUAAACAGCUCAUAUGAUGUUGGACCAAGUGAAAGCUCACCAGCUAAUCAUCAUGGAAUACCAGACAAUUCAACUCAGUCCCAUGAUAGGGUAAACUACCAACCGCCAGUGAACUCAGCUACAGUACAUCCUUCAUAUCCAACUUCUGAUUACCCUUCUGAUGAAUUUUACCCUACUCCUUCACCACCCCAUAGACCCGAUCGUUCUGCUUUCCAACCUACUUCACCAGCUCAGAGACCGGAUGAUUCUGCUUUCCAACCUACCUCACCACCCCACAGACCUGAUAAUUCUGCUUACUUACCUCAUCCACCAACUCACAGACCUGAAAACUUUGACCCUCCUCCGCCUUAUCAGCACCAACCCUUCCCACAUGAACCCCAGCAACCAGGGCAACCAACUUACCCUUCUCAUGAUACUCCCUCUUCGUCUUUCUCUUAUCCUAAUUUUCAAACUUACCCUAGCUUUUCCGACCACAGCCUCCCAUCAGUCCCGACGCACCAACCAUCUUACUAUCAAGGUCCUGAUAGCUCCUCCUUCUCUCACCAGUCACCUCCUCCCUCUGUAUCUCACCAGUCGCCACCUAUUGUAUCUCACCAGUCGGCACCUCCCUCUGUACCGCAACACCCCACAACAGCAGAAUACCCUUCUGGUAGAAGAAACUCAGAACCUGCUAUGCAGGCUUUUCAGUAUGACAGCAAUUACCUACCAGCCCCUGAAAAGAUAGCUGAGGCUCACAAGGCUGCAAGAUUUGCUGUUGGAGCUCUUGCCUUCAGUGACGUAGCUAUUGCAGUGGAUUUCCUCAGAAAAUCCCUUGAGCUGUUGACAAAUCCAUCAGCAGGAAGCCAGUAAGUCCUGCAUUAAAUAUUUGAAAGCUGGGGUGUUUCCUGCUGUUGCUUGGGUUUUAACUUUAUUUAUUGUAAAGGUUGUUUGAUAUUUGGUUUAAAUAUAUAUGGGAUGUCUCACUUUCAUCUGAAUACUUGGGCAUGCAAUAAAAAGGCUUAGGUUGCUAUAUCAGAAGAGCAAAAAACAGUUGCCACUAUUAUCUUUGAUUAUUGCUUUUACUUUUUUUAUUUUU